GCGAGGGAGGAGGAGGGCGUAGGACGGGAGGUGGAGGCCGCCUCCGCCCCGGCCGGCGUCUGGGUGCCGGCGCGAGAACGGCCAAAUAAAACGAGGCGGCAAUUUCUGGGCCCUUUCCAGCGCCUGUUCGGCUGUGUCCCAACAUCCUCCCUCCCUCCCUGCACGUCCCCGCCGUAAUAGCUCUCGGGCUCUCCUCCCCUUCGUUCCUUUCCACCCUCUCCCUCUUUCAGGACCUUUCCUAGCACGGCUAUCGCUCCGUUCUCUCGUCCCGUACCAUAGCAUAUCACGUUCAUCGCUCAGUCUCGUCUCGUCUUUCCGUCAUGUGGGUGCGCACAGCGGCGACAGCGCUGCUGUCGCUCCUCACGCUCGCCCACUUGGGCGUAGCAUCACCAUAUCGAGAGGACCUCGCGGACUGGAAUCUCAACCAGAACAAAACUGCGACGGACGUCCUCGAUUACUACUAUCCGAAGCGCGAUAGCUACACGAGCUCGCCCAAUAACUGGCGCGCUCUCCCCUUCUACACGAUCCUCCUCGACAAGUUCGCCGAUGGGGACCCAUCCAACAACGACUUUUUCAACUCUGUGUACGAGUGGGACUGGCGGGAAACGCAACUGCGCGCGGGCGGUGACCUUGCGGGCAUGGUAAACAGGCUGGAUUACCUUCAGGGAAUGGGUGUCAGAGCUAUCUACAUCUCUGGAACGCCGUGGUUGAACGAGAUCUGGGCGGCCGACAGUUACUCGCCACUCGACUUCUCCGUGGUCGACCCCCACUUUGGCACGCUCGAGACAUGGCAGAAUGCUAUCGACGAGAUUCACAAGCGGAACAUGUACAUUAUCCUGGAUUUCACCGUUGGCACCAUGGCCAAUCUUGUCGGCUUCAAAGGGUACACGAACACAUCGGCGCCGUUCAGCAUCGAGGAAUACGAAGCUGUUUGGCUCGAUCCAAACUAUGCACCGUGGAACUUUAGCCGCUAUGUCGAUUUCUCGUUCGAAAAUGAGUACAACAGCUCGUGCCAGAUGCCCGUGUUCUGGGGAGACGACGGAGCGAUCGUAGACGUCGACUGGAACGGCGGGUGCUAUGCGUCAGAGUUCGACCAGUACGGUGAUAUGGAGGCUUUCGGUGUUCAUCCCGACUGGCAGCGUCAGCUGUCGAAGUUCGCGUCCGUGCAGGACCGUCUCCGGGAGUGGAACCCCAACGUCAUGGCGAAACUUACCAAGUUCUCCUGCAUGGCAAUCACGGCUCUGGACUUUGAUGGCAUCCGUAUCGACAAGUCGACCCAAAUGACAGUGGACGGUCUCGUCCAAUGGACGUCGAUAACGAGGAAUUGUGCCGCGGAGCUCGGCAAGAACAACUUCCUCAUCGUGGGCGAAGUUACGGGUGGUGACUACUUCGGAGCGCUCUAUUACGGCCGUGGUCGUACACCCACUGAGCGACCGGGUUAUAACGACGCGGCCAACAUGACCGAGUCAGAAAACCAGUGGUUCCUACGGGAGCAAGGUAGUGAGGGUCUCGACGGCGCCGCUUUCCAGUAUUCCAUAUACCGCGGCCUGACUCGCUUCCUUGGUAUGGACGGUGAUCUGGAGGACGCCUACGAUGUCUCGAAGGACUUCGUUACCGCGUGGGACGAGCUCUUCGUCGACGACGAUAUGCUCAACCCGGGCAACCAUAAUGUGGACCCUCGUCACUUGUACGGCACCAGCAACUUCGACGUCUUCAGAUGGCCGAGCUUGGAGAACGGGACGGAGCGCAGCGUCCUGGCGACGUUCAUCACUACACUAAUGAUGCCUGGUGUUCCACUGCUAUUCUACGGAGAAGAACAGAACUUCUACUUGUUCGAUAACACCGCUAACAACUAUCUCUAUGGGCGUCAGGCUAUGUUCAGCAACACCGCAUGGAAGCGUCAUGGAUGCUAUAGGCUUGGCUCGUCGCAGUACUAUUAUCUCCCGAUGGGCCGUUCCUUGAUUGGAUGUAAGGACGAUUGGAACGCGCUUGACCACUUCGACCCGACCGCCGACACCCGCCGUCUCUUCGCGCACUACCUCCACCUCCGGACCAAGUACGACGCUCUACAGGAUGGCUGGGAUCUCACUACCCUCCGGAACUGGACGUACUCCAUCGAGCGCCCAGGAUCCAACGGCACCUCCACGGAAAUGGGGUUGUGGUCUGUCUCCCGAGGUCUGCUUGAGAACUACCAGCCGACGGCCGGGAACACGACGCAGAAGGUCUGGAUGUUCUACACGAACCAGAACGCGACUACCUCGUGGGAGUUCGGUUGCACGACUGACCAGUACAUCAAGAGUCCGUAUCAGAGCGGGAACACCGUCCGCAACCUCUUCUACCCCUACGAGACUGUCCAGUUGACGGAUUCGGGGGAGUCUUACUAUAACAAUAGCCAGGCCCCGUGGUUCGGUUGCUUCCCCAGCAUCACCUUGCCGCCGUUCGGGUUCAAAGCGUAUGUACUCGAAGCAGAUUGGGUGUCGCCGCCGCCCGCUCUCACAAAGUUUUCGCCUGGUCACGAUGCGCGAGUGCCCUCCAACUCGAGCUCCAUCGAUAUCACUCUGGAGUUCAACCUCGAGAUGAGCUGCAGCAGCAUCACGAACUCGAUCUCGCUGAACAUGUCGACUGCUGGGACUGGCAUCAUACCGACACUUGACACAGGCUCUGCGAACUGUGGGCCGGUCAACGGGACGCCUUCCGACGAGGUCUAUGGAGUUUCCGUUUCUGCGUUCUCCUGGAAGGCGACGAUCAAUAACGUCCCGGACGGUGUGCUCCAAAUCACCGUCAAUAACCCGACCACGAGCGACGGAACCGCGUCUACUAACGCUACCGAUCAUCUGCUCAUUCGCAAGGGUGCACCAGACAACGUCGUUGUGUGGGACAACGCGAGCUACGAUGCUGGCGCCCUCCAGUACAGCGACGGCCAGUACACGUUCACCCACAAGGCGUACGGCGCGGACACGUUCCGGAUGUCCACCAACUUCGCGCAGAAUUGGUCGGCCUGGCAGUCGUGGGAGAACACGACGACGAUCUCUGCGGAGAACUUUACCAGCAGCGACAACUGGUGGGAAGGGGAGCACAUUAUAGUUCAAUACUGGAGCUACCUCGCGCAGACGUCGAGUAUGGUCGUGCAUUCGGACGUCAACUAUGACAAACCGCGGCGCGUUCCUCAGUUCCUCGUCCGUGGCCCAUACAACGAGUGGGGUUACGAUCUCGGCUUACCUUACCGCAUGGCCCAAUCGGAUACAGACGACGAUUACUGGCACAUCAGGAUCGCUGAUAGCUGGCCUACCUACGUCCAGCUGAACGUCUUCGGGUUCGACAACUACUUCUAUGGUGACGUCGACGGCGAUGGUGUCAUGGAACGCCUCCCGCCGAACACGCUGUCGGCGAACUAUCUGAACAUGUCCAAGCCUCCGCACCCCUACGUCGCGUGGGACCUGGUCGUUGACGACGAAUCAUUGACCUGGUGGCUCGAGCCCAUAGGCGAGUCCUCGGUCGGUGCCAUCACCUUCGCCCUGCUCCUGGCCAUUCCGUUCGCGACCGCCUCGUUCGCUGUAGGCGUCUUCAUCUGGUCGUUCUACGGCAUCAAGUACAACAAGUGGGGUGUCAAGCCGCAGAAGGACCACAGCAACUACUUCCCUAUUCUCGGCGCGCUGGGUCAUAAGUCGUCGGAGAAGGUGUCGGAGAUGCACACACCGCUCACGGAGAAGAUGUUCGGUCACAAGCAGACGGAGCUCAUCGGUUGGCCUGAACUCAAGGACAAGCGCCGUAAAGUGCUGAUCGCUACCCUCGAAUACGAACUCAUCGACUGGAAGCUCAAGGUCAAGAUCGGUGGUCUUGGUGUCAUGUCCAGUCUCAUGGGGAAAGCAAUGACAGAUGUCGACCUCAUCUGGGUCAUUCCUAAGGUAGGGGACAUCGACUAUCCCCAAGGAGAUCCAGCGGAACCUAUCGAGGUCAUUAUCUUCGGCGAGCCGUACUUGAUCGAGGUCGAGACGCACGUCCUGGACAACAUCACAUACGUCAUCCUCGAUAGUCCUGUCUUCCGCGCUCAGACGAAGUCCGACCCGUAUCCCGCUCGCAUGGACGACCUCAGUUCCGCGAUCUUCUACUCUACUUGGAAUCAGGCCAUCGCUGCUACCGUCCGUCGCAUCCCCGACAUCGAUAUCUACCACGUCAACGACUACCACGGCGCUCUCGCUCCCCUCUACCUCCUGCCGAAGGUGCUGCCCGUUUGUCUCUCGCUGCACAACGCGGAGUUCCAGGGUCUCUGGCCGCUCCGCACAAAGGAGGAGAUGAAGGAGGUCUGCUCGGCGUUCAACAUCAGCAAGGAGCAUUGUACAAAAUACGUGCAGUUCGGCAACACGUUCAACUUGCUUCACGCAGCGGCUUCCUUUAUCAGCGUCCACCAGAAGUCAAUUGGUGUCGCCGGUGUGUCUGACAAGUACGGCAAGCGGAGUUGGGCGCGGUACCCCGCGCUGUGGACACUCAAGCACGUCGACUCCCUGCCCAACCCGGAUCCGACGGAUAUCGCCGCAUUGGACGAGAAUCCUGUGAACGUCCGUGACAUCCAGAUUGACGAGAACGCUGAAGCGCAGCGCCCGGAACACAAAAGGCAAGCGCAGGAGUGGGCUGGUAUUAAGCAAGAUCCAAACGCCGCUCUGUUCGUGUUCGUCGGUCGAUGGUCGAAGCAGAAGGGUGUGGAUUUGAUCGCGGAUGUCAUGCCUUCCCUACUCGACAAGCGUCCCGAGAUCCAAUUGAUCUGUGUCGGUCCCGUUAUCGACCUCUACGGUCGAUUCGCUGCUGAAAAGUUGGCGCGUUUGAUGGAGCUCUAUCCUGAUCGCGUCUACUCCAAGCCCGAAUUCACGGCUCUCCCUCCGUACCUGUUCAGCGGUGCCGAUUUCGCGCUGAUCCCCUCGCGUGAUGAGCCGUUCGGUCUUGUCGCCGUGGAGUUCGGUCGAAAGGGUGCUCUUGGUGUCGGUAGUCGUCUCGGUGGUCUCGGUCUCAUGCCUGGUUGGUGGUUCCCUGUCGAGUCGAUGUCUACCGAACAUAUGAUGUCGCAACUGACGAAGACCAUCAAGAUGGCCCUGAAGUCUACCGAGGAGGAGCGGGCGAUGUUGCGUGCAAGAUCUGCAGUGCAGCGCUUCCCCGUGGUCGAAUGGCGGCAACGUAUGGAAGACUUCCACAGGCGCAGUAUCGGGACGAGUCGCAGACAAGCCGGUCACAACGCGUGGCGGCCCUCUGACGCAGAAGACGUUCAGUUUAACGGACAUUACGCAAUCGCGGAGACCGAGGACUGGAAUCCGGAACAUCAAGCCUAUCCUUCACAGCCAGACUGGGAUAACCGGAGCGUCAGCGAUAGCCCAGCAAUGCCGUCCUCUCCUGGCUCGCCUGGACAGUGGAGUCAGGACACAUUGACCCCGGGCGGCGACCCUCACCUGGUCGCCCCGCGGUUCCUUGGUUCGGAGUCUCGCAGAGGCUCGUACAGAUCCGAUAUCUCUGUCUCGGAUAGCGACCAUGGUUCUGUUGAGAGAGGCUCAAGACAGGACUUCGGGGACUUCCUUGAGCGAGCAAAUCGCACAAUUGCUCGCGACCGAAAGCAUAUGCCUGAUCCUUUCCUAGACAGCAGCACCCCAAGCAGACCAUUCACGAUGCAUUCGAGGGUCUCGUCGGUUGAGUCCAUAUCGUCCAUUGUGGAUGAGAAGCAGCAUUCGCCGCUAAACAAAGCGAUUGCAUCUUUCACUGACGCAGACGGCGGUGUCGCGCAAGAGUUCGCGCAGAGGCUGCAGGGUUUGAACGCACAUAACUCCAAGCACGAGCUUUCGAUUGAGAAGUUUUUGACCAAGAGCGAGGAGAAGUUCUUCGACAAGGUGAAGCACGACAAGCUAUCCAGCGCAGCAAGUGUUCGGUCGUCACGGCGAGACUCCAUAUGGGGAACACCUGCUCCCUCUUCGUUCGAUCAUUCUCGCCCGUCGUCUCCGAGCACACGCUCCUUCGCAGGAGACGGGCUCGCGACCUUGGACGACUACAGUGCUGCGCUCAUCAAUGAGGACACUGCCGUCAUGUCGGGUUUGCAAGUCGCCAUGUCUCGCGAGAUUGGUGGUUGGCCACUGUACACCAUCGUCAUUGGCGUUGGCCAGAUGCUCAGUGCGACAAGCUUCCAAAUCUCCCUGCUCUCUGGAACAAGUACCCAAUCCAAUCUGGAUCUCUACGUCAUCGGAGGUAUCUUCCUUGCCGCGACUGCUGUGUGGUACCCGUUGUUCCGCCUUAAGCCGUCCGUCUACGUCCUGUCAAUACCGUGGAUAUUCUUCGGCAUAGCCUUCUUCCUCGUCGGCUUGCCCUCUCUGACGAGCUCCCUCCAUUGGUUGCAUUACGACCUCGCUAGUGCGGGUACGUGGUCCUACGCAGUUGCUUCAGCGGCAGGUUUCCUUUUCUUCGGAUUGAACUUUGGAGAAGAAGCGGGUGCAGCAACAGAAGUAUGGAUGAUGCGUGCAUGCAUUGUACAAGGUUCUCAGCAAGUCUGGGUGGCUGCUCUCUGGUACUGGGGCUAUCAGCUUGACAGCGUCUCCGCCGGAUAUCUGAUGCCCUGGUGGGUCGUGCUCAUUGUCUGGCCUUUGGCGGUCAUCAGCUGGCUCUUCGCCUACCUGAUGCUGUAUGGGCUGCCUGACUACUACCGUCAAGCACCACCAAAGGUACCUCACUUCCUGAAGACCCUAUUCCGGCGCAAGAUUGUCAUAUGGUUCCUAAUAUCCGAGAUUUUACGCGAUUUCUGGCUCAGUGCACCUUACGGUCGAAACUGGAGUUUCCUGUGGAACCAGAGCAUCCCGAAAUGGCACAUCCUGCUGCUGGUUAUUGGGUUCUUCGUCGGCGUCUGGGCCAUCCUCAUGUUCGGACUGACGCAACUCAGCAAGACCCAUACAUGGCUGCUUCCCAUCUUCGCUGUUGGUCUGGGUGCCCCGCGUUGGUGCCAGAUGCUCUGGGGAACGUCUGCAUUGGGCCUCUUUGUGCCUUGGGCGGGUAAUGCCGGACCCUAUGCUGCUAUCUCCCUUUGGCUGUGGUUAGGUGUUCUCGACGCAGUCCAGGGUGUCGGUCUGGGAAUGAUCUUGCUUCAGACUCUAUCGCGUUUGCACGUGUGUGCGACGCUCGCUGCAGCCCAGGUCGUCGGAGCUACUGUCACCAUGAUUGCUCGCGCAUUAUCGCCUGAUGGGACAGGCCCAGGACAUGUAUUCCCUGAUUUCGCUCUGUGGAGUUUCUCCGAGGGUCUCAAAGCAUCACCACUAGCGUCGUGGGCUUUCUGGAUCGGUCUUGUUUGUCAAAUUAUCAUUGUUUGCGGUUACUUCUGGUUCUACCGCAAAGAACAACUUGCACGCCCAUGAUCACGACUAGAGCCCAUGAGUUCCCUAGACUUUGGUAUCUGCGACGGACAUCAUAUUAUCUUCGGUGGUAUAUCUCUAGCAGCAAAGGGACUGUUGUUUGUGAAGGACUUGUACUCUUUAUCGUCUUACGACACACGCUCACUCACUAUACACCCACGUAUUAUACUCUUGGAUAUCCGGUCACAGUAAUGCAGUAUAACCACUAGAAUUCACUCUAUAUACGGCAUAACAUCUCUACGUUCGGCAGCGCG